AUGAAAGGACAAUUAAUUUAUAAUAAAAAUAAUAAUAAUAAUAAUAAUAAUAAUAACACCAAUAUUAAAAUUAAAAAAUCUAAUAAUAAAAUAAAUUGCAUAAACUCAAAAUUUUAUUCUAAACUAACCAAAAUGAAUCAUAACAAAACAUAUAAUAUUCUAAACUUGAAUAAACAAAUUAAACAAUUAGAAAUCUGUAAUAAUAUUUAUUUAACUGAUAAUAAAAAUAAUAAUAACAAUAACAAUAACAAUAACAAUAUAGAUAAUAAUAUGGAUCAUACUUGUAAUAAUAAUAAUAGUUUUCAUAUUUAUGAUAACUAUAUGUUAUCAUUAAAAAAAUUAACAAUUAAUGUUAUUAAAAUUUUAAUUCAUUUCAAACAAUUCACUAGUAUUUCAAUAAAAGAUAUUUCAAAUUAUCUAAAUGUUUCAACAGAAUCUAUUUCUUUUAUAAUUAAAAUUCUAUAUAUAUUGGAAAUUGUUGAAAAAGAUAGUAAUGAUGAGACUCAUUACAUUUGGAAAGGAUUAUAUGAUAAUCAAGAUUUUAUUGAAACUAUUGAUUAUAUUUCAAAUUCAAAAUCAAAUUUUGUAACAAAUCAUUCUGAACCAUUUUUAAAUAUUUAUGACAAUUAUCAUCCAUCUAUAAAUGAUAUUGAAAGUAAUAAUCCAAAAUACAAUAAAGAUAUCGGUUCAAUAUUACAUCAAUUUUUAAAGAAUUUAAUUAAAAGGGAUUAUGUUUCAUUUUUACAUUUGAAAAAUAAUAUUUAUUUAAUUGAUUCUCAAUAUUACCACAUUGUAAAUAUUUCAAAAGUUUUAUAUGCCCUCGGUUUAAUUUCAAUUGAAGUUUCAAAGAACAAUAAUUUAAUAUAUUUUAAAUGGAUUGGUUUUAUUCCAAAAGAACAGUAG